AUGUCGGAUAUCUCAGUGCAAUUGACUGCCCCUAACGGCCGCAGCUACACCCAGCCCAUUGGUCUCUUCAUCAACAAUGAGUUUGUCGCUGCCAAGUCUGGCGAGAAGUUUGCUACUGUGAGCCCUUCUGACGAGUCCGAGAUUACGUCAGUCUACGCAGCCGGCGAGGAGGAUAUUGAUAUCGCCGUCAAGGCCGCCCGCAAGGCUCUCAAGGACCCUUCCUGGAAGGGUCUACCUGCCACUGACCGUGGUCUUUUGAUGCUCAAGCUGGCCGACCUGAUUGAGCAGCACAAGGAGACUCUGGCCACCAUUGAGACCUGGGACAACGGCAAGCCGUACCAGGUCUCGCUGAACGAUGAUCUUGGUGAAGUCACCAAUACUCUCCGUUACUACGCCGGCUGGGCCGACAAGGUGUUCGGCCAGACUAUUGGCACCACCCCAGCCAAGUUUGCUUACACCCUUCGCCAACCUAUUGGUGUUGUUGGCCAGAUCAUUCCCUGGAACUUCCCUCUCGCCAUGGCGGCGUGGAAGCUUGGCCCUGCUCUUGCCUGCGGUAACACUAUCGUCCUCAAGCCUGCCGAGCAGACUCCUCUGAGCAUUUUGUACUUGGCCGGUCUCAUCAAGGAGGCUGGAUUUCCCCCUGGUGUUAUUAACGUUGUCAACGGCCAUGGCCGCAUUGCUGGUGGUGCUUUGGUCAACCACCCCGGCGUUGACAAGGUCGCCUUCACCGGUUCCACCCUCACCGGUCGCGAGAUCAUGAAGAUGGCCGCUGGAACCCUGAAGAACGUCACUCUCGAGACCGGCGGCAAGUCCCCACUGGUUGUUUUUGAAGAUGCGGACCUCGAGCAGGCCGCCAAGUGGGCACACAUCGGUAUCAUGUACAACCAGGGCCAGGUUUGUACCGCGACCUCGCGUAUUUUGGUCCACGAGUCUGUGUAUGAUAAGUUCGUCGAGCUGUUCAAGGAGGUCGUCCGCACCACCAGCAAGGUCGGUGAUCCAUUCUCCGACGACACUUUCCAGGGCCCUCAGGUCACCAAGGCCCAAUACGAGCGCGUGCUCUCAUACAUCGAGACCGGUAAGUCUGAGGGUGCCACCCUCGCCUCCGGCGGUGUGCCUUACAAGAACGUCGGCGAUGGCCGUGGCUUCUUCAUCGAGCCCACUAUCUUCACCAAUGUCAAGGACAACAUGCGCAUCUACCGCGAGGAGGUCUUCGGGCCCUUCGUGGCCAUCGCCAGCUUCACCACCGAAGAAGAGGCCGUCACCCGUGCUAACGACACCACCUACGGUCUGGGCGCUGCUCUCUUCACUCGCGAUAUUGAGCGCGCUCACCGCGUUGCCUCCGACAUUGAGGCCGGUAUGGUCUGGAUCAACAGCAGUAAUGACAGUGACUUCCGCGUGCCCUUCGGCGGUGUCAAGCAAAGUGGUAUCGGUCGCGAACUUGGCGAGGCUGGCCUGGAUGCCUACUCGCAGGUCAAGGCCGUUCACGUCAACAUGGGCACCAAGCUGUAA